AUGUAUGUACCUAUGUAAGAAACAAACGCACAAUAGGUGAUGCUUAUUUUUACCCUGUUAUAAAACUUAAUAAAGGUAUUGCUGGGUAGUUCCACCAGUUACUUAAUACAUAUUAUUUUCUAAAAUAAACUUUCUUAAACUAUCUUACACCUUAAAUGGGAAUUUUCAAUAGUGUUACUGGCAACCCAGCCAGUACAAUAUUAGAGCGCGGCGAAGCAGUCGCGUUUUUAAAAAGAAAAUGUGUUUAACACCGACACGAGCGCGCGAAAUCCUAUUAUAAAAUAGCCAUUCUAGUUAUUUUUAUACUUAUAAUAAUGAUUCACAUCGACUUAUAACAGUCGGCGGAGAGUGUCAUGUCUAGCGGACUCCCAACAAGACUGGCCGUGUUGAUGAGCAUGGCCGUUCGGUCGAGCUGAAGCCGCCGCCGCCGCCGCCGCCCGCACCAGCGUCCCCGCCGGCGCCUCUACUGACGCAAAAUGCGCUGGAUUUUCCCCGUACCAGUUCUUCUCAUGUCCUGGUUCGGAGUGGACCAAGUGAAGGCUAACUCAUGCAUCCGCACCGCAUUAUGGGCACUAAGUCUCAGCCCCCUUGUACAGGCGGAAUGCCAAACUCGCACCAUCUACUGCUACGAGUGUGACAGCUGGACGGACCCUCGCUGCAAGGAUCCCUUCAACUACACGGCGCUGCCUCGGGACCAGCCGCCUUUGCAGACCUGUAACGGCUGCUGCGUCAAGAUGGUCCGGUAUUCUAAGAGUCCGUACGAGGUGGUACGGAGAACCUGCACAUCGCAGCUACAAAUAAAUCUGUUCAUGGUGGACCACGUGUGUAUGAUGGAAAGUACUGGCACUGGCCACAUGUGUUUCUGUGAAGAGGACAUGUGCAAUUCGGCCACAACACUCGGCGCCACUCUGGCGUUAGCACUCGCCUUCCUGGCAUGCGCAUGUAGGUGAAGUAGCGAGCUAGUUGGCGGCGACCGGUGAUUCAGUCGAUCGAUUAUGAUUGUGACGUUCCAUCGAUAAUAAUAUCGAUUGUGAUUCGCGGCUUCCCAACACUACUUUUUUGGCAGAACAGUGCGAGCGGGUCGGUUUGCGCGCUGCUAUUGGCGGGAAUGGAACCAAUUUCGUAUUCUGUUGACCAAUCUCACUCAAUAGGUACUCAGUACUUUUUUGCUGAAAAAAUAUUAAAAUAUAAGAUAGAUUAUUUAUAUAACAGAUUGCAGUAACGACAUAAACCCCAUAUUGAAUAUAGCUAUUAGAAGUAUCGAAUCACUGAAUGACCGGGCGCCCACUAACCCUAUAGAAGAUUUGGUUUGGAUCGUACCUAAUUCCAUUUUUUCGUCCAAGUAGCUAGUAGAUCUAGUCUUCGGCAAUCGAUAUUCAUUUCGCUAAACGUGUGACGUAGAUAACUUAGAUAACUUGGCUCGUACAGGUUUCACAAUAACGCGUUUAGUGAAAUGAAACUUGACUGCAAAUUUUUUCAUCUAUGCAAUUUUCAUGUCCAGCGUUUUGCUCUAAAUACUAUUUAAGGUUAAGAAGUUGAUAAACAUUAGUAUUACCUAGUUAAAAUUAAACAAUGGAGUUUUCCAAUACAUAAACGUCGAUAAUAAAGAGUAAUUUACGAAAGGUUUAUUUUGGCUUGUAUCUAGUUUGCUGGCCAGUGAUGUCUGAUUGAAUUUUUACAAACGAUUAAUUUGAAACUGUGACAGUCGAGAAGUUAUGUCUCAUAAAUUGAUACUUCAAAAGAUUGAUCCAAAGUUGUAGACCAAUCGGAGAUGCUCACAGUUUGCACUUAAUUUUAGAUGUGCGGCACAUUAGAUAGAAAAAAGAUAGAUUUUGUGUGAAAAAUCGUACGGAACUAGCUCUUACUGCCGGGAGGAGAUAUAAGUAACAAAUUGUACUAUAGUUAUAUCUAUAAAAAGGUUGUGUUUCAUGUUUACGGUAGUUUUCGAUGAGUGGAUCAUUCGUAAAGUUUUAAAAUAAUUUCCGUGGAAAGAGAGUUUUAUUUUUUUAUUGUAGUCAGAGUGGGGUACCUAUAAUGAACAAUACAUUUGCAUUGUAUGUAUCAUACAUAUGUAGAUAAAAAUAUUUCGUGUUAAAUAAAGACCAUAUAAUCUGAAAUAUAACUCUAUCGAUGAAAUUUGCUUCAUGUCGUAAUAAAAUCCAACUCAUAUUUUAUUUUAUCUGCUACUAGGUUUUUUUAUCUUUAAUUGUGUGGUUUUGCUGUUUGGACAGUGUUUAUAGAAUAGUUUUUGACAGGGGAUAAUUUGCUAGGCAUUUGAGACAAAAUAUAUAUAUAAUUACAUGAACGGUAAGGUUCUCUUAGCAUAUAAUGCUUAGGCUAUAACUUAAACACCAAAUACUCUAAUCGUUAUCUGUAUAAAAUACGAUUAAUAUUAAGCGACUUUCGAUCUUAAAUUACGAUAGGUAAGAAAAGCUAUAGGAAGGACGCAGAUAAUAUGAUAUUAGUACAAAAUAGUAAAACCGUUUUGUUGUCAAUUAAGAUAUAAAAUGAAUGAUUUGGGGAAGUUGUUCAAAAAUGCAAUGAUUGGUAUUAUUUAUGUUGAAGCAAUCGUAGUUCCUUAUUCCAAGUUGUUGUUGGAUUAGUAACGCAAUAAUUAGCAAAAGAAAUAAAUAUUUUACAUAUUUAUACAUUGCGAAGUCAUAAUAAUCAUAUCACUUAGGUUUAGGGCGUUAGGAUAAAAAUAUACAUUUUUAAGAAUGCAAAGCAAAAUGUAUAAGUUUUUGUUGAUAUAUUGUAAAAAAUACAUAAUUUUGACAUGUCAUUAGUAGGUAAUUAGUUUUUUGUCAUAACACACAUAUUUUUGGUUACAUUGUGUAAUUUUAAUCUGAUAUUUUUUGUCCCCAAACAUUACUUAUCUAUCAAUAAUCUUAAUUGUAAAAACUAUGAAACAGAUUAAAAUAUAACAGUGUAUCGCGGGUAUACCUCAAUGAAACUGUACGAAGGAUACCCACUGCAUGUGGCCCAGCUCAUUACUAACAAUACGAUUUUAUUUUAAGGUAAUUCCACCAUGUUGUUAUAUUAUAGGUUUCUAUUAAAAGCAUGAGACACUGCACUGUAGCCAGGCUUGCUCACCCAGCCAUACUUUGACGAAUGUUUACAUCACGGAAUGCGAUGAUAUCCUUUUCUAAAGCGUUGUGGAACACAUUUAGUAUUUCUUUGUUUGAUAUUAAUCAAAUGAUAUAUUAUCUUAUGAUUACAUAAAAUAUGUAUAACUAUACUGUAUGUGUUCCACAAUGCAUUUAUGAUCAUUUUAUCUAAGGCAGCGUUUUUAUGGUUAUUGAGAAAUAUAACGAAUGUAUAAAUAACUAUUUAUUAUAGAGCUGUUAUUAAGACUAAGACCUAACAUUUUACCUUAAAAUCUCUUUAAUUUAAUAUAAAAGUAUAGUCUUUACGUAUUUUAAGAGACAAUGUAGUGCCAAAGUAUUUUUUCCGAAGCGAAAAAUCGUUGAAAAAAUAUUUUGCCACGUUUAUUAUAAUAUACUUCCUCUUUCACCUUUCUAAUUAUCGCAUAUCACGCAUACUUUAGAAUGAAUUAGCUGUUAUGAGGCAAAAAACAUAUUUGAUAGUCAAUUAGAUCUUUUAAAUUAAAAUAUCUUUGGGUGAAACGACACCUUUUUAUACACAUAAAGAACUGAGGAGGGCUGUCGUUUCGUCCAAGUCUGGUAAUGAUCUUGCACUUCCCGUAUUCUGAACUAACCAGCUGAUUGCUUUGCCAUACUAACAAGUUCCGAGAGUAGUCGACCUGCUGUUCCCCUCGACUGACAAGUCUCAACAUUAUGUGGCCCGAUUGUCAGAUUUUUCUCAUUUCACCCGAAGGUUCAAUGAUAUUGUAAAUCUAAAUUCGAUCACAUUUUUUAUAAUAUUGUAUUUUUUCAAUUGUUUAAGUGAAUCAAACUUACACAUUAGUGUAAUAUUUUUUUUACAUAAAUGAAAACUUAUUUGCCGUUACCCGUAAGAAUAUGUGAACUGGUGGUUUGGAGCCUUAAAUUACCGACAAUAAUAAUCAGAGCAGUAUUAGAAAUCAUCGAACAAAAAUGCUCAUUUUAUUCUCUCCAGCUUCAAACCUAAAGUGGAUAAAAAGCUUUGCGCGAAGUGUGUUUUGUCGAAAUAAAAAUCAAAAGUGCCAUAAUUGUAGGUCUUGUUAUACAA